AAUCCGAAAGGCUUCUACAACGAGGUAACAAACUUGGUAGAUGAUAAGAAAGCAGAGGGAGCUGUUCACCUGCUCUUGGUGAUAGGCUUUUGAUUCUGUCUCCUGUAAUAUCCUCGUGGAGAUACUGAGUGGAACAUUCAGUGAAGUGGAAAUCAGUUGAACAGCCAGGCUGUGUUGGAUUUUCAUGCCCGUAUAAAGGGGAGAGGAUGACUUUCGUGUGGAGCAGGUUGAUCUUAAAGGACUGCAGCCACUGGAAAGGACCCACACUGUGGGGAAAGGUCCCACAGCAGGGAAAAGUGUGAGGAAGAAUCAUAGAAUCACAGAAUCACAGAAUCACAAGGUUGGAAAUGACCUGCAAGAAGGAGCAGAAGAUAAUUAUUUGCUCAUUCCCUGUGUCCUGUGCCACUCAGUGAGGAGUGGGGUUGGGAAUAAAAGGGUGAAACUGAGUCCAAGAAGGGCAGCAGAAGUAAGAAAAGUGUUGGUUCAAUUUUGUCUCUGGUUCUCACCACUUGUAUCUAUUUUAAUUUGUGACAAAUUGAAUUUUCACCAGAGUGAAUCUGCUUUAUCUGUUGUGACAACUGCUAAGUGAUCUCCUUGCCUUUAUCUCAAUUCAUGACCUUUUUCAUCUUCUUUUCUGUGUCUUGAGGAGAGAGGCGUGGAAAACAGCUGGGUGGGCAUCUGGCAUCUGGACAAGACAACAAACUGGGAAGAAUGUCUUCAACAUCAGAAUUGUCCUGUUGCCACUUAGAUAUACCUGGAAAGGCAAAUGGGAAACUGAUAAAGCUCAGAAAGAGGAAGAACAAAGUCCUACCAACGGGGAAGAACGGCCACAGAUGCCAGCACCACCUUCUUUCAUGUGAUCCAUAAUUGCCUUUCUUUCAGUGCCAUGUGCUGUUUAUAUUUAACUGUGCAGUCAGAGUUCCAGAUGAAUUUAUGAGUUCACCGGUUUCUGUACAGAUUUAAAAGCUCUGCAAGAAACAGCGUGGCAGAUGAACAGUCCUGAGAUGAGUUGUUUCUUCUUCUGUGUUCUGCUUCUGCUCCAGAUGGCUCGUGCAGAAACCCUUGAUGUAUCCAAAUUGAUUGAAGCAAACCACAACCUCCUCAUAGGUGUCACAGCUUUAGUCUCCAUUCUCCUUCUCAUGGCCAUCAUCAUUGUGUUCUACUAUUGCUUCUGUUCAGUUAAUGGUUCAAAGGAUCCUGAAGGAGAUCCUGAAAGAGGGUCACUCAUUCCUGACAAUUCUGAAGGAAACACCCCUGCAGAAGAAGUUUCACCUUCAGAAGAAACCAUUAUCUCAGCUUCAGAAAAACUUGAUGAGGAGAUAGAGUCCUUAAGGAGAAGAACUGAAUACCUGGAGAAACUUGUCUUUUUGGACAAAAAUUCUGUAACCUUCGAUGCUGACACAGCUCACCCUAGACUGGAAGUCUUUGAUGAAGGAAAGAGUGUAAAGGAUACAGGGACUAACAGAGAUGUGGCCAUGAAUAGCAAAAGGUUCGACUCCCACAUCUUCAUCUUGGCAACCGAGGGUUUCAACACUGGCAAGCACUAUUGGGAAGUGGACGUGGGAAAGAAAAACAGCUGGGAACUGGGAGUAGCUUCUGAAGCUGUGACUAGGAAAGGGACAGUGAUUCUCUGCCCCAGAAAUGGCUUUUGGGUCAUGGCUCUGUCUGACGGGGUAGAGUACUGGGCCUGCACUGACCCUUGGACACGUUUGAAUGUGAGGUCGAAACCACGAAAGAUUGGGAUGCUACUGGACAUCUCAGCUGGACAGCUGUCAUUCUACGAUCCCCAAGGUCAAACGACUCUGUAUACUUUCAACAUUGCUGAGAGUGAUAAGAAAGGGAAGUUCUUUCCCUUUUUUUCCAUGGGUAACAGCGCUGGAAAGAAAGACCCCGAGCCACUAAAGUUGUGCUCUUAAGGUGAGUAGGCAUCUUCAUGGAGAAAACUGUCUUGCUGUUUUGCCUCGUUCUCCUCGUAUCUUCAUGCCACUGCUGAUUUGCACAGACCUUGGAACAGAUUGUGUGUCCCUUCGUUCAGAGUGCCUCCAUCAUUUUAGGAACUGUUAAGGUGAAUCUUUAUUGGCCCUACACUCUCGGGCUCAUCAGGACACGUUGGAGCUGCAUCGUCAUGUAGGUGCUAACCUGUCAAACAACAAUCUCCAUUUUUUGCUUUUAACGUGAAGAAUAAAAUCAUUGUUUUCCCAGA